UCGGCGCAGCCCCGCCGCCGGCCGGGGCGGGCAGAGCCGGCGCGGCGCGCAGGGGAGAGGCGGCCCGAUGGGGCGGCCGGCCGGCAGCCUGGCCCCGCUCCGGCUGCUGCUGCUCCUGGCGCUGGGGCACGCCUGGACCUACCGGGAGGAGCCACAGGACGGCGACAGGGAGGUUUGCUCCGAAAACAAAAUCGCCACCACCCGGUACCCCUGCCUGAAACCCACGGGCGAACUUACCACCUGUUUCAGGAAAAAAUGCUGUAAGGGUUAUAAGUUUGUUCUUGGACAGUGCAUCCCUGAAGACUAUGAUGUCUGUGCUGAAGCUCCCUGUGAACAGCAGUGCACAGAUAACUUUGGGCGAGUCUUAUGCACUUGUUAUCCUGGGUAUCGCUAUGAUCGGGAGAGGCACAGGAACAGAGAAAAGCCUUAUUGCCUGGAUAUAGAUGAAUGUGCCACAAGCAAUGGGACCCUGUGCUCUCAGAUCUGUGUCAACACCAUAGGCAGCUACAGGUGCGAGUGUCACGAAGGCUAUACGCGGGAGGAGGAUGGCAAGACAUGCACCAAAGGAGAUAGAGCUGGGCUUACUGAGAAAUCUGAAAAUGUGGCGAAACUGGGGACAUGCUGUGCCUCUUGUAAGGAAUUUCAUCAAAUAAAGCAGAUGGUUUUACAACUGAAGCAAAAGGUUGCUUUUCUACCAAAUAAUGCUGCUGAUCUUAGCAAGCAGAUCACUGGUGAAAAAGUGCUUGCAUCUAAUGCAUAUAUCCCUGGCCCCCCAGGCCAGCCUGGCCAACCAGGCCCUCCAGGGGCGCCAGGACCAAAAGGGAGUCAAGGAGUUCCUGGGUCACCUGGACCUCCUGGACAGCCAGGACCCCGUGGAUCAAUGGGACCUAUGGGCCCAUCUCCAGACAUAUCACACAUUAAGCAGGGCAGACGGGGCCCCGUGGGUCCACCAGGAGCCCCAGGGAGAGAUGGCAGCAAGGUGAGGAGAGGGGGAGCGAGGUGCACCAGGACCAAAAGGGAUACCUGUAAGUAUUGCUCAGAAGAAGAAUUUCCACAACAGAAUGAUGCUGACUACAUACCACAAGUCAGACGAAAGGAAAACAAACAAAGAAAGAAAUCUCAUGUAAAAAAAAAAGUGAAAGAUACUUUACAUGCACAGAAAAUAUUAUUGUAAAGAAAGUAGUUACCUGUUUUCAUCCAAGUGUUUUUGCCUACACACCUCUUCCCUUGCUGGGUGGUCACUGAAGGCAACAAGUACACCCCUGCCCUACAACAGCAGUAGGACAUCCUCAGAAGGCAGGAGCGUGAGAUCCCAUGUAGAGUAUAAGUUAGUACAGUUCUGUCACUGCUCUUUAUGGGAGUUUGAGCCCUGGAACCUGGAAUCCUGCCCGUCAUCUCUCUCUAGGCUUUGGGAAGCUAUAGGCUUUGAGCAAGACAUCAGGAAAAGGAUGAAUAUUUAGAAUCUUUUUUCAAGUUAUAUUGUUUAAAAAUCUAUUUAUUAUGGUGUUUUCUCAGUCAUGGAAUGGAUUUUUAAGGGUGUGUCCAGCAGGAUGUCCUCAGUAUUAAACAGUGUACUUUACUGUGUGAAGUCAUCUAAAAAGAGAUGAUGAUUUUCCAAAAUCAGAUAAAACCAGAUGGCUACUCUCUGCAUUGUAAUUGCCAAUAUUUUUAGUAACUGAUGGACAGCAGCAAGGUUACCAUAUUGAAAUUACACUUUUCAAAUACUAGCAUUCUUAAGAAAAUAUUUAAAGAGAUAAUAAUUGUUGAUUGAUAAGUCAUUCUAGGUGUGUAAUUUCUAUCAGUUUAACAAGAAGGAACACAAGGAACCAAGAUUUAUCUCCUCUGUUCCCAUGAGGAGAAUCUUCAUAAUAUGUUAAGAUAAUCUUAGGAGGCAGAUAUAGCAAAGGAAUUGUUAAGUAACUGAAGGUCUGAGCCUCUUAUAAAUGUAAAUUACCCUGUCUGCAAAAACAUUUGCCUUCUUUUGAAAAUUGUUGCCUGAGCCAGCUGAUUCAAAAUCAGAGCAUUAAGAUUAGGGAAUUGAUAUGAAGCAGUAUUAUACCGGGUUAUCCCUGCAAGAGUAAUUAUAUCAACCUGUUUGAAAACUCUGAGGCCGAAGUGGGUUAUUAUUUCUGACUGUGCCUUGUGACUGCAGGGCCCACCAGGUUCAUUUGAUUUCCUGUUGCUGAUGAUGGCAGACAUCAGAAAUGACAUCGCUGAGCUGCAAGAGCGAGUAUUUGGACACAGGACUCAUUCAUCAACAGAGGAGUUUCCAUUACCUCAGGAAUUUACAAACU